CUCGACCGCGUCGCACGUCCACUCGCACCGCGAACGUCCCGUACCCAGUGCCGUGCCGUGCAGUGCCACCGAACUUUACCGAGCGAUGCUCUGCUCUCGCUCCGGGAGAGCGAUCUGAGCGAAAGGGUUGGAGCGUGCAGCGGGCGGAGGGCGGCGCUGAGCCGCGCACGCGCCCGCAGCGCAGCGGCCGGGACACGCGUCCGCACCGGCACGCGCGAUGGACGACAAGCCGCCUGGCGCCGGCGGCGAGGAGCACUACAGCCUGCGCUGGAACAACCACCAGGCGCACCUGCUGCGCUCCUUUGAGGCGCUGCUGCACGCGGAGACGCUCGUGGACGUGACGCUGGUGUGCGCCGAGCGCCGCGUGCGCGCGCACAAGGUGCUGCUGGGCGCGUGCAGCCCGCUGUUCCGCCGCAUCUUCAGCGAGAACCCGUGCAAGCACCCGGUGAUCGUGCUCAAGGACUUCCAGGGAUGGGAGGUGCAGGCCGUGGUGGACUUCAUGUACCGCGGCGAGGUGUCCGUGGCGCAGGAGCAGCUGGGCACCGUGAUCCGCGCGGGCGAGUCGCUGCAGGUGCGCGGCCUGGCCGACCAGGACGUGGCCGACUGCGAGCCCGAGCGCUCGCCCGGCUCGCCGCCCGCCGCCAGCCCGCCCGCCAGCCCGCACAGCCCGCAGCCGCGCCGCAAGCAGGCGCGGCCGCGGCGCCGCUCGGGCGAGGCCGACACGCCGGAGAACCUGUCCAUGCGCCGCUCGCCCGGCGGCCUCAAGGCGGUGCGGCUGGCGCGCCCGCGCUCGCCGCACAAGCAGGAGCCCGACGAGCCGGAGCCAGAGGCGCCGCCGCCGCCGAGGAUGUUCCCGCCGCACCAGGACCUGUUCCCGCCGGUGCCCCCGCCCGCCGUCUCUGCGUUGUCGCUGACGCCCCCGCACAUGUUCGGUAUGGAGUCCUCCUUGGGGCUGUUUCCGCCGGGCAUGGAACACAAGAUGUACCCUCUCAUGGACGUCGAGCACCGCCCGCCGCCGCUCGACGCGCAGCUAUUCACCAACGUCAAGAAAAAAUGGCGGCCGAAGGGGCAGCACAGCGCGCCGCGCGGUGGCCCGCCCCGAUCCUGGACGAACGCGGAACUAACGGAAGCUUUACAACACGUAUGGAACAAGAAAAUGACCACGAGCCAAGCGUCACGGAUAUUCGGCAUCCCGUACAACUCGCUACUGAUGUACGUGCGGGGUAAAUACGGCAAGAGUUUAAAACUCGAGCAGCUGAGGAAAGAUUGCAUCGGAGGACCUCUAGAAGUUUUAAAUCUGAAUUCCGGGAACAACAACAACAACCAUCCGUCGAGCAAACACCACGAGAAAGACGAGCAUCACCAGAACGCGAGCCAGAGGCCGUCGAGUUCCGAGCCUGACAUUUCGUCGAAUCCGAUGUUCAAUCCGUUUCAGCAAGGGUUCUAUCCGGAGUUUCCGCCCGGGUUUCCGAUGCCGCUGAACAUGCUGCACCUGCUGCCGCCGAGCGAGAAAGCGAGAGAGCUGUACCAGUCGAUGCCGAUGGCUCUGGACUCUCUUUCGGGGGUGACGAAGGAGGAAGACUGCAAAAGCGACAGGUCGAAGGAGAACUCUGCGGAUGAAGAGGGUGACUCGUACCGGCCGUCGCACGCGCCGCACCCGCCCGACACGCGCACGCUGCUGCACCACAACGGGCAGGACUAGACCUUCCAAAUUAGUUGAAACCUCUGCACUGUACCUUCUCUACAGCUCGUCUCGUCUCUGUAAAUCUUCAUCUUUCCCUCUCCACCGCCCGCGUGGCGAAAGAGACGCAAGAGAACGGGAUCCUUAUACUUAAUUUAUGGACAUGUAAUCGCUCAGGUACCCCAUGAGUAAACGACGGUGAAACUGGAGUUUUGUUAGUGUAUGCCCGGUUUUAAAUUGUGCUCUAAUUGUAUUUAUGUACUUAAUCAUCGUGUGCAAUAUCUAAUUGGAAAUGAGUUAAGCUAAACGGUGUAUAUUUGCAGAAUUUCAGUUCCGCCCGCUCACAUUCAAGCGUCGUAAGAUCCAGGCGGUUAGAAAUGAGCGAUGUCCGAGUUAAAAUUAGUUAAAUUUAUAUUUAAAAGAUGUGUUAAUAUUGUAAAUGUAUAUUGAGCGUCUCGUAUAAGUGCUAGGCGAUAAUUUAUUAUUCCGAAGGAGUGCAAUAAGGAUGAAAGGUGUGUUGUGAUUGUUAUCGCCGCGGCGAUGUUGUUCAAGUCUUAUAUUGUUGACAUUCCAUUCCGACAUUCCCUCUCUAUAAUUAUUACUUAAGUAUAUUUUUUUUAAUAAUAUUUCAUAUCACUUAAGGCUCUACGAUUUUAAUACUUUUAAUAGUCUAUCCUCGAUCGAUUCUUGCCUUUACUUUCUGUGUUAUCAAGUGUAGAUAUUAUGUUACGUGCGAAUUAACUUCUGCAUUUCACCAAAGUUUGUAAAAUAUUUCGUAAUAAUAGUUUUAUUCGAUGAAUAAUUAUAAACAAUUUUUAAAAUGUAAAUAGUUAUUAUAUAAAUUAAUGGGAUAUUAAAUUUAAAUUAACCAUUAACUAAGGGGACAUUACGUGUCUAAAAUGGUAGUGUAUUUGUAAUAAUUGUUGUAGAAUUAGUGAAGUGAAUAAUACAGUGAAGUGACUAUCGAUACGUCGAUAGACGACGCAGCCGUCAUCGGUGGGUUCGCGACGCACUAGUCACACACAAACACAAACUUCUAACGGCCGAAACUAAAUAAUUAAUCAAGCAUAUCUGUAAUCUGCCGAUAGAUACUUAGCAACAUUAUAUUUUGUCCAAAAUUGUACGGUCUUUUUUGACAAUUAACAACGUCGCUAACUUACUUGUCGUCAGUUUACAAAUAGAUCGAUUACUAUUAUUAAUUUCGGCUGUAAAACAAAACGAUAGAUACUUUAUUAAUUGUAAAUCUUGAGGAACAUUUAAAAAAAACUUUUAAAACCACGUCAUAAUCUUACAGGGAGCCGUAAAAAAGGAAAUAAGGGUCAUGUAGACCAUAAGGUUUACCAUGACAUGUAGAUACGUCACGAGCUAUGGCCUAUGAGCCGCCCAGUUCGUGAGCCCGACUCCGCUAUUCCGGUGGUCCAAUCACAUCGUGACGUCAGCAAAUUUCUGAUUAAAGAUUACAAAAAAAAAUAACAAAGACCUCAUUAUCAUUAACGUAACAACGACAGUGCGCGCCAGGUUAAGACAAAUAAAGUAUCUGCACUCAAUGUUCAAAUAAAAAGGAGCUUUCAAGAUUUUAGUGAAUAAUGGAAGUUAGAAUAAAUCGGGUCUCAACAUUACCUGGCUUUAGAUAAUUGUAUACAAUGAUUUCGUAUUGAAUUAGAAUAUCACGGGACGUUUAUAUCACAAGUCUUCAAAAGGUUCUAUUGUACAUAUACGAUAAUGUUAAGGCCUGGAUACACGGUCCAUCAUGAUUGUCAAAGCAAAGGUCAAAACGCGCGGUUAUGGAUAAUGAAUUUAAAAUAUGAGGUGUACUGAUGACAUAGGCAAAUGUGAUGCUAUGUUCUAACGUUGGUAUCCACACUUGACCCUGACAACGUACGUUUUUUGGUUAGAUUCUGAUGUAUUGUCCGUAAGUUUUAGAGGUCUUACGCGUGGAAUAUUACCUAAUAGUACAUUACUUUCCACUUUUCUAUACCGAUCUGGAAUCGCAUCACAGGCAUUACUAUGUUGUAAUGGUUCUAAUCCAUAUGAGUUUUUAUAUUAAAGCAAAUAUACAGAUGUCUUAAUUUACGUAUGAAGGUUCAGUCUGUCUUAGAUUUUUAACAUCGUUAUUAUGCAUAACGUUCGCUAAAAGCAAGUUUUAGUGCAAGCACCAAAAUAGACCGUGCAUCCAGUCCUUUAAAUAAUUUAUAGCUGUGUUGAAAAUAUACGAUGUUUUCUUUUAACGGAACAUUCCAAAUAACUUGAAUAUAACUCUAUGUUUAUAAUUAGGAAACUACCUUGUUUUGUAGUGAUCUUUUUUCGAUUUCUACACAAAAGCACACUGACGUAUUCGGUUACCGCGAAUGGAUCGUAAGUGGUUAUAAACUUUGAAUUAAUCUAUAGUCGUCGAUACAGAAUUACGAAUCUGCAUAACUUAACAGAAGACUGAGAACUAUUUUCGACUCUAUUUUGUAUAAUUGUACAUUUAACACAUAAUCACAGUACUAAAUCCGGCAAGCAAACGAAACACAUGCAGUAGAAAACACGUUAGUGACACGUCAUUUUACAAUAUAUCAUUACAGGGAUUUUAUAUAUUAACGAAUUGUAUAAUUGAAUAUGUACCUAUAGUUUAACAGAACGUAUAAAUUGUUGCUUUUUUUCUCCUAGACUUUACUUUCGCUUAUCUGGAUUGAAUCGACGAAAAGCGACGAUGUCUUUCCAACAAAACCUUACGAUAGCCACUCUACGUUUGUCGUAAAUGAAAAUCACGUUUGCAAACUAGCUGAAUUAAUACUAUUACUUAUUAUAAAUCAAAAUGAAAUUAGCUGUCUCGAUGAUGUCUUGAAUAAAUUAUUUCAGUGAAUCGUUUCAAUUUAAUCAAGUAAUAAAUAUAUUAAGUACAUGUGCCAAAAAAUUUAAAUCGAAAUCUUAAAAAACUUAUCGGCAGCCUCCUAUGUAUUAAGCUUUAUUACUAUCGAUUGUCUUUGAUUUUUUUAUUAAUUCUUGUUUAUGAAGUUAUUGAUCACGCGCGAGAUGAAUGCCAUGCUGAGAAAUGCGCUAGUGAUGUGACUAUGAUAUGAUAGACGCAGAUUAUCGAUUAAUCUAUUAAUUCAUUUAUGUUUUGCUAGUUAGGUUAUGGUCGAAAUAUAUUUUGGCCGCAAUAAUAAUAUGUAUAUUAUGAAUUUCCAAAAUUAAAAUAGUUUUAACUCUUAGAACAUAAUCGCAAAGGUCUACUAUUUAAACAUCUCAAAGAUUAGAUCAGGAAGGUAUAAUUAUCUCAUAAAGCCUCUACGGCUAAGAUGUAUGAGCGUACUUUGGCUUUGCUCAGAUUAAAACGAGACCCAAAAUUACAUUUAUGUCACUCAGGGUGAAAUCUAUAGCGUUUAGGUACUUUGACUCUGCAUAGACCUUUGACAGUUUUUUGGUUUUUUUUUUUUUGCUGGCAGCAGUGCUCUACUGUGACGAGCGUAAACACCUAACACACCGGGCUACGCAUGCGUCCACGCUUUACGAAAGCGGUGUGCCAUGUUUCAUACAGUUCCAUACAUUACAACGCAAUGGUACGCGCUACGUCUACGCUUAUGCGGCCUGUGUGAAUAAGCUAUACAGAAGCUCGGAUCCGCAUUGGCAAAUGGCAUUUAUCUCGCGCGACAAUAGUAGUUGUGUUGUAUCGUGACUUGUGAUUGCACAUUGCGUGUCGUCGGUUUAUAGAGUUUACCUAAUUCGUACAAAUUCAAGCAGUAUUAGAGUGAUUUUUGUUAAAGUUUUAAUUGAGACGUUUUUAAUUAAGUUUUGUUAUUUGUUAAUGUGUGCGACGGGAGGUAGAUUGACUAUGAGAAUAUUUUAUUUUAGUUUACACGAUAAGCAAUAGGAAUCUCAUUUAACAUAGUUUUUCGUUUUAGACGAAAUUUAUUAAUGGUUUAGUUGUUCAGAUCUAUAAUGUUAUAAAGAUACUUGCUCGAGUGUGCGCUCGGGGCAUUAUGUGCGUGAGUUUGUAUAAAUAGGUACUCGUACCUACACUUUUUACUUCGUGUAAAGCUCAAAGUAGGUAGAUUACGAAGGUCGAAGCAAUGCCACGCAUCUUUUUUAAAAUGUUUCGAAAUCAACAGCUAUUUAUUAUUGGAUACAGAUUUGUGUGAAGUAAAAUAAAAUGGAGGCGCAAAUACGCGUUUUGUUUUUAGUUGAAUCACAAUAAUUAUGUGCCUACAUUGAGUAUAGAUAUACAUUUUUCCGUCGAAAAAUGCAUAUUCUAUGACAUUACGUUAGAUGGAGAUAAAAAUCCAGUAACUUGGCAACAUUUUAGAGAAGACGCCUUACGUCGCUUCCACUCGCCCGCAAUAUGCCUAGAGCCCAAAGUUUUGUCCUUUAGAUACAAAGUACAAACAUACAUUCUCUAUUCCUAAACAGACUUACGCACACAAUUCAUCGCGUAUUCACACGAGUGAACCUAUGUAUCUGAUGUACCUUAUUUUCUUGGACUACCCGCUAUUUUAGAAUGUAUGUCUACCCGCGUAUUCGCUUUAGUGCAUUCCAAUGUUUUCUUAUGCCGCUAUACCGAUGUGUAUAUUUCAUACAGUUUUCACCAGGAGCCAAAUCUAAGGACGUAAUUUAAUAGGUACAUACAUAAAUUUAAGAAAUUACGUAUUUUAAGUUGAUAAAAAUGUGAUUGUAUUAAUUUUAGUAGAAAUCAAAUAUUUAGUUCCUUCAGUUUUGUUACGAGUAUUUAUAAAUUGUAAUUAAUUAUUAUAAUUAUAAUGAAAUCAUGAUUUUUAGCUUAGACUAAUUGUUCUCACAUAAUAAAGAAUUAUAAAUAAUUUAUAAGUUGUGUAAUUUGAUUUGUUGUAUUUUUGCCUAAAUAUAAUUAAUAAUUUACAAAUUUAAAUUAAAUGAUAUCGUUACAUUAGGGUGUAAAAAAGAUUAUCUAUUUGAUCUUAUAAAAUAAAUACGAAAAAAAUAAUAUUUAUGUUCUAGUACCAUUAUAUCUUGUAAUUGAAAUUGAAAUGAGGGAGCGAUGUAGUAGUAAAAUUCGUUUACGGUCACCAACGUAAAGUGUAAAAAUAAAAAUGUGAAAUACC